AAUAACGUGUAAAAAAUUACUGAUUUAUCAAAAGUCCUCUCUCUUUUAAUCUUUUUCUCUUUCAGAAAUGUGGCGCAUAAAAAAAGAGGAAAUGGAUUCGACGAAACGAAAUGGAUUAACUCCAACGAAAAGGCAAAAAUCUAUCAUUAUUCUGUCACCAUGUAAAUGCCGUUAAUCUAUUCUCCGUAGUUCAAAGAAAAAGAAAUACUUGUAUACACGCAUGUCUGGCUAUGGACCAACAAUAACACAGAAGAACGACUUUUAACAGAAAGCUAGAACGCUUUUUUCGUUUCCGAUUUUCUUUAGUACGAAAACAAGCUCGCCUUAUACAUAUACACAUAUGUAUAUCCAUUUGUCUGUCAAACUUUUCGAUAAAUCAUCGAUGAAUGUACCUAAGUGUAUUAUUUGUGUAUAUCCAAACGUGAGAAGCUUGAAGAAAGUAUUUUUAAAACUUCAAUAAUGCUAGAACCAUGAAUUUUGUUCGUUUGUCGAAUAGUUUCGCAAAAGAUAAAGAUUUCCUGGUAAUAUAUAAACCUGUUUACGAAAGGAUAGAUAAUAUUUGACCAACUACCAAUCUUUAUCGUAAUGUUCGGUCUGCUAUGCGGUAUAUAAAAAUCAUCGAAAUAAGGAGGUUUAUAGUCACGAAUGACGUCAUCGGCUAUGAUACUCAAUCUUUCUAAAAAAGCGCGAAUAUUAUUGAGAAAAAAGGUUACAACAACGUUAUAUCAUUUUAGAUUGAAUUCGUUGUUUAAUUGCGAAUAUUAUGUAGAUAAUCGACAAUGAAGAUCUUUCCGCGUUGAAAAUAGUCUAUUUGUGUAUCGAGAGAAAAAAUGAAAAUAUAAUUCAUUGAAACGAUAUAGGGAUAAUUUUAUGACUACUUUGAGGUCUAAUUUUGGCACAACUAAAAGAGUAGGAGGAAUACCGAGUCAUCGUUGAUCAAUUUUUUGUUUAUUAUCUAGAUGUAUACCUUGUUUAAAAUAGUCGUAACGUUCACCUAACGUUCCUUUUCAUUGUUCAGAUUUUGCAACGCAAAUUUGACUUUUUACUAAUCAAAUUCAUCCUUUUGCGAAUCAAUGAAACGCAAAGAAUGAAAACUUUGCGAGAAUGAAUCAUCCGAAGGAAUAAAUAAAUGUUAAGAUCACUAUCACCUUACAAUUAGUUUUCGUUGCGUAACAUGAUUAUUUUCUUCUGUGUAUCUACAGUGAUUUGAAUAACAAAUACUUUGGUACGUAGUGUAAAUAAACAAGCCAAUCGAAGGUAGAGUUCAGAUGUAACUCCUCCUUCCUAUCGUUUAACAAGGAUAUACUCGAAAAAAAGAAAGAAAAAGAAAAAACACUGGUAUGGGAGAGUGGCUGGUAAGCACGCGUCGUAUAAAAAGCGCAUGCUCGAAAGAAAAGGAGAACGCCGUUUGAGAGUUUGUGGCGGGCCGAGUAUUCCCAUUCAGUUUAUCGGUACAAUUUGUAAGCCACACUUCGCGUUUCUGACAUAACACCCUGUUUACGAUACGAUUUCGUCACGAGUCAUUGCAUCGAUAUGACGAUUGUCUCUUAUUAUCUUUGAUAGUAAACUGAGAAAUUUUCUAAGGAAGAUACACAAAAUUAAAAAGAAUGAACGUUUAGUGAAAAUAAAUGCGACGGAAGGAAGAGAAGUAAAUGAAUAAACGUAAAAACGUUUAAUUUCGGGAUCGUUGGAAGAAGCCAAUGGCAUAUAACCGAGAGAGAAAGAUAAGUAAAGCUCUCUGGGCGUGAAUGAUAUCGAGGUAUCUAAAACUACAACCAUCGAUUCGUAAGGUGAAAAACGACGGGACGGGAGUGAACUUAAUCGUCUGUGAUGAUCGACACGAAGAAGCUAUCUCUCUCGCACCGUGAACACCUUUUUCAUUUUAUAGUUACACUAGGGAGAACUCGAUCUCCAUCGUAGAUUACUCUUAUCGAUUAUUAUUUCGUCCUUUUCCGAUUGAGAUAAAUUAAUUAUCUCGGUUGUUUUUCUUUCUUUUUCUUUUUUUUUUUUUUUUUUUUUUUACUCUUUAUCAUUUUAUAAUUAUUCAAUUGAUUCGCAAAUGUAAACGAUUUCGAUUGGCAUCGAAAUUCAAAUCGAUUCGUUAUAUAUGGGAAGUUAAUCGAUGUUAAUGAGACGUGCCAAGGUAACCGGGGGAGCUUCGAGGACUCGCAGAGAAGUGAAAAGAAAAUCUGAGAAAAAGAAUUCUGAAGAGAUAAUAAUAAUCGGCAUUGGGCUUAUCGAUCUAACCCGAGAGGAUAUCGCGAGAGAGUCGACAGCUAUUGAGUUACGGGAAGCAGUUUAUAAUGUCACUUAACACUCCUGUCUUGAUGCAAGCGGUGGUUACUUCAAGAUCGAGACGAGCUCUACCGUAUGUCAUCACGGUUCGCACCUUAACUUUAUUUUCUCGUUGGGAUUACAUCGUCCUGCUCGUUAACCGUUCUAAAUUUCUCGACACUUGUGUACCAUCGUGUUGUUUAGAAAUAAGACGAACUAAAAACAUAUCCAUGAGCGUAAUGAAUUUCAAUUGUUAAUUAUUAAGUAAAUUAAUAGCGUUAUCGUAACGAUAUAUUGUCGAAGUGUAUCGGAAGAUGGAACGAAAACAAAGAAAAAAACAAGCUAAACAUAUAACGUCGUCCUUUUUCAUUCGACGACAGUCGAAUGAAUUAAAGUGAUUGAUCGUUCGAUCGUUCAAUUGGAUAUUACAGUCGUAUUUUGUAUACGACUCGUUAAUAACUUCGAAUUUUCAUUAACGCACGUACGAAUAAUAAUAAUAAGAUAGGCGCAAUGAAAAUUUUUUAAACCGGGGGAUAGGUGAAUAUGCAAGACGCGCCCGUAUUGCAUGGGGCAUAAGGAAUUCUUCGCCGAGGACGAAAAAAAGAAAGGAGAAAGAGAAAAGAAAAAAGGAGAGGAAGGAAAGAAGAAACGUGAAAAAAAGGGAAAGGUUUGAGAAUUUUUCUCGCGAGAAGAGAUGCUUUCUACGAUGUCGAGCGUCGCACUUGAAUUAAAUUCGUCAUUUUAUACGACCGCCAUUAGAAAUGCCGCUUUGGAUGGAUUUUCAGGUAAAUUUUUAAACAAAGUAAAAAGGAACAAAAAAAAAAGAAAAAAUAAAUAAAUCCAUCUGCGUACGUAUACUUUAAUAGAAAUCCCAGUUUCGCCUUUAGUUUCAGUGAUUGAACCUAAAAAUGCAACUUCGACGCUUUACAUGUUACCUAUGUAUAUUAGGACAACGUCUAUGGUGAUUUGCAUAAUCGUCAUGGCACUUGGUAUAAUAGGAAAUCUCAUGAUCCCAGUUAGGGACUUCUUGCCCAUCCUUUGCAAUAUCCAUUACAUUUUGUAUGAAAUUAAUAGGUACCUUUGGUCGUUCUACGAGGCAAAGACAUGAGAAACAGCACCAAUAUUUUUCUCGUAAAUUUGAGCGUGGCCGAUUUGUUCGUCCUUUUAAUAUGCACGCCGACCGUAUUGGUGGAAGUCAAUUCUGGUCCUCAGGUUUGGCCACUCGGUGAACACAUGUGCAAAGCCGUUCCAUUCGUGGAAUUGACCGUAGCACAUGCCUCGGUUUUAACGAUUUUGGCAAUUAGUUUCGAACGAUAUUACGCGAUUUGUGAGCCACUGAGGGCAGGAUACGUUUGCACGAAGGCCAGAGCGACGUUUCUUUGCUUUCUUGCAUGGGUGGCAGCAGCCCUUUGUACAAGUCCCAUACUCUUGAUGGUAACCUACGAGUUGGAAGAAAUCGACGAUACGUUUAUACCGACCUGUUACACUUCCGCCGAUGCAACAUGGAUGAACGUUUUCGUCCUUACAACGAUAAUCGUCUUUUUCGUCGUACCACUGUUAAUUUUAAUGGUACUUUACACGGUGAUAGCGCUACACCUCAUGGCAAAUCCUGCGAUAAGCCGUGGCCCAGCUAAUAAUUUGUUAAAGUAUCGUAAACAGGUGGUACUAAUGUUGGGCACCGUUGUUUUAUGCUUCUUCCUUUGUUUAUUACCUUUUCGAGCAUUGACCUUAUGGAUAAUCGUAGUACCGCAAGAAAUGAUAAUCAAUCUUGGAAUCGAGGGAUAUUACAGUCUCUUAUAUUUCUGUAGAGUAAUGCUGUAUUUGAAUUCAGCAAUUAAUCCUAUUUUAUACAAUUUAAUGUCUACCAAAUUUAGGGAAGGCUUUUUGAGACUUUGUGGAUUGGGCCCUGCAAGGAAAAGAAAGAAAAAGACUUCAGACAGAACCGGAACGUACACAACUGGUUCGACAAACUGUAGUAGCAGUAAUCAUUCUGAUUUCUGGAGGAGGCAUAGCAGCAAUAAAAGUUGCAAUGUAAAAGUACCUAGUAAUACAUGUACUACUGUGUCCAUCGAAAAACAAAUUAACAUCCCAUUACUCACGGCCGUUGUCACUGGAAAUAUUGUUAAAAAGAAACAGGAAAGUUAUGUUUAAAAACAUUACAAAAAUUUGUAGUAUUCAUUAAUUAGAGAUAUCGUUGUAAAAAUAUAUAUUAUAUUAUAUAUAUACAUAUAUAUACAUAUAUAUACAUAUAUAUAUAUAUAUGUGUGUGUGUGUGUGUGCAUACAUGAACACAGUACUACUCACAUCUAAAGGACAUAAAAAGUCUCCACCAAUUUUAGAACACCAAAUACUUAGUUCUCUAUUUUUUUGUCCCUUUUCUUGUCUUUUUAUCAGUGGAUUAAAAAUAAUUGUAUCGUUGCUAUUAAAAGACUUUUGCGUUAACUUUAAUAUCAUUCCAGAUACAAUACAAUGAAAUUACUACGAAAUUCCACUAAAAGUAUUGUAUGUAAACUGUUAUAAUAUUUAAAUAUUCUUUUGUAAUUAUAAAGAACCGUAGACUAUUGUAAAGUAUUAAGUUUGUAAUAUGUACAAGAAAAGAAAUAACUAGUCAUAGACUUAAAACAUCCAUUAGAAUUAAAAUUUAACAACUCGUAGCAAAGAUCAUUGCUAUAAAUAAAAGAUAAAA